AUGUUUUGUUCGGUCGCUGUUCAGUGGCGAAUAAACGGUGAUGGGUCAAUAUCGGCAAAAGAACUUGGAGUUGCAAUGCGCUCGUUGGGGCGUAAUCCAACCGAAAGUGAACUUUUGGAUAUGCUAACCUUAGUUGAUGUUGACCGAAGUGGAACCAUAGAUUUUCCAGAAUUUUGUCAGAUGAUGAAACGAAUGGAAAAGGAAACAGAUGCUGAAAUGAUACGUGAAGCAUUCCGCGUUUUUGAUCGUGAUCGGAAUGGUUAUAUCACCUCUGAGGAAUUCCGAUAUUUUAUGACACAUAUGGGUGAACAGUUGACACCGGAAGAGGUGGAAGAAAUUAUUGAAGCUGUUGAUACAGAUGGUGAUGGCCAAAUUGAUUAUGAGGAAUUUGUGAGGAUGAUGGAAUCUUGA